CGGAGACGCCAUGCCGUGGAAAUGGAUUAGCAAGGGUCUCACCACCGCCAUCAAGGAUGCCGCAAAAUCCCCCAGGAGCGGGCAGUCACGCCGCAAAACCUCCAGGAGCAUGAGCCUGACCUCAGCCAUGGAGAGCAGCUGUGAGCUGGACCUGGUGUACAUCACGGAGCGGAUCAUCGCCGUCUCCUACCCCAGCACGGCUGAGGAGCAGAGCUUCUGCAGCAACCUCCGUGAGGUGGCCCACAUGCUGAAGUCCAAGCAUGGGAACAACUAUGUGCUUUUCAAUCUCUCUGAGCGGAGACACGACAUCAGCAAACUUCACCCCAAGGUGCUGGAUUUUGGGUGGCCUGACCUGCACACGCCGGCGCUGGAAAAGAUCUGCAGCAUUUGCAAAGCCAUGGACACGUGGCUCAAUGCAGCAGCACACAACGUGGUGGUGCUGCACAACAAGGGGAACCGUGGCCGGCUGGGAGUGGUGGUGGCUGCCUACAUGCACUACAGCAACAUCUCGGCCAGCGCCGACCAGGCUCUGGACAGGUUUGCCAUGAAGCGCUUCUAUGAGGACAAGGUGGUGCCAGUGGGACAGCCAUCCCAGAAGAGGUACAUCCAUUACUUCAGUGGUCUCCUGUCCGGCAGCAUCAAGAUGAACAACAAGCCCCUCUUCCUCCACCACGUCAUCAUGCACGGCAUCCCCAACUUCGAGUCGAAAGGCGGUUGUCGGCCAUUUCUGAAAAUCUACCAGGCCAUGCAGCCCGUCUACACCUCGGGGAUCUACAACGUGCAAGGAGACAGCCAGACAGGCAUCUGCAUCACCAUUGAGCCCGGCUUGCUCCUCAAGGGUGAUAUCUUGCUGAAAUGUUACCACAAGAAGUUUCGCAGCCCGACCCGUGACGUGAUUUUCCGCGUGCAGUUCCACACGUGCGCCGUGCAUGACCUUGAUGUUGUCUUUGGCAAGGAGGACCUGGACGAGGCCUUCAGAGAUGACCGCUUCCCUGAGUAUGGGAAGGUGGAGUUCGUGUUCUCCUACGGCCCUGAGAAGAUCCAAGGCAUGGAGCACCUGGAGAAUGGGCCCAGCGUUUCCGUGGACUACAACACGUCUGACCCGCUCAUCCGGUGGGACUCCUACGAGAACUUCAACAUCCAGCGCGAGGACAGUACAGAGGGCACCUGGGCUGAGCAGCCCCUGCCUGGCAAGCACCUGGAGAAAGAGGUUGGGCACACGCAAGGGCCCCUGGAUGGGAGCCUCUACGCUAAAGUGAAGAAGAAAGACUCCCUCCACGGCAGCACCGGCGCCGUCAACACCGCUCGCCUCCCGCUCUCGGCAGCACCCAACCACGUUGAGCACACGCUCUCGGUGAGCAGUGACUCGGGCAACUCCACCGCCUCCACCAAGACUGACCGGACCGAUGAACCGGGGGUGCCCGGGGCGCCCAGUGGCCAGGCGGUGCUGAGCCCCGAGGAGAAGCGGGAGCUGGAUCGUCUCCUCGUUGGCUUCGGCUUGGAAAGCGCGCCGCCCAUGCACAACCACGUGCCCGGCCCCAUACCGGCGCGCCUGCCCGCCAUGCCAGGCCGCCACGUGGUGCCGGCUCAGGUGCACGUCAACGGGAAUGCCGCGGCGCUGGUGGCGGAGCGGGAGACGGAUAUCUUGGAUGACGAGCUGCCCAACCAGGAUGGGCACAGCGUGGGAAGCCUGGGCACGCUCUCCUCUUUGGAUGGCACCACCACCGCUAGUGAGGCCGGCUACCAGGAGGCACCCCGGGUGGGCAGCCUCUCCUCCCUGCCCAACGGCCCCUCAAGCUGCAACGGGGCUGAGAAGCUACUGAAGGAGGGGCUGUACGAUGGUGAGCCGCUCUCCAACGGCGGCUACCCCUACAACAACCAGAACGCCCUGAUGGGCCACCACCUCCGUGACCCACUGCCUUCCUUGCGGCCUUCAGCAUCCACUCAGGACCACCUGGCCGGCUACCCGCAGCGCCCGCCAGGCUCCCAUGCACCGGGCUGGCUCCAGCCCCAGCCGCUGCCCAGCUCCCAGCCCUACUUGUAUGGCUACGACCCCCCCGGCACCUACCGCUCCCGGUCCUUCCCGGCAGUGGACACAGCCAAGUACGACACGACCCCGGCGCUGCCCCAAGCCCCGACUCGCAGCACCAGCAGCCGGGAGGCCGUGCAGAGGGGCUUGAAUUCCUGGCAGCAGCAAGGAGGGAGCCGGCCGCCUUCCCGGCUGCAGGAGGGUGGCAUGGAGAGCCACAGCCCCAGCAUCUCCAGCUGCAGCCCCCAGCCCAGCCCGCUGCAGCCAGUGCCGCCACACAGCCACAGCAUGCCUGAAUUCCCCCGGGCGCCUUCCCGCCGGGAGAUCGAGCAGUCCAUUGAAGCCCUCGAUGUCCUCAUGCUGGACCUCGCACCCACCGUCCACAAGUCACAGAGCGUGCCCGCCACCUCCCGCCAGGACAAGCCGGGAGGACCCCUGCUCUCCUCCCUCUCUGCCCAGCCUGUCACUGGUCUCUAUGCCCGGCCGGCUCCACAGGUGGCCCAGCCAAGGUCCUUCGGCACCUCCGUGAGCCCUGUGGUCUCCGAGCCUGGGGGCAAAGCCUGUUCUCCCAGGGAGCCGGACUAUGGGGUGCACGAGUACCGGGAAACCUAUUUGCCCUACAGUUACCAGCAGGCACCGGUGCCGGAGCCGAGGAGCUACAGCCAGGCCCCAGCUGGAGCACCGAUGGGCAUCCUCCCGCUCAGCACCUCCUACAGCCCCGUGGGGUCUCAGCAGCUCCUCAUCUCCUCCCCGCCUUCCCCCACCGUCCCAGCACAAACCCAGAUGCCCCCCAAGGGACUGGAGAGCUAUGAAGACCUGUCGAGGUCGGCAGAAGAGCCCUUGAAUCUGGAGGGCCUGGUGGCCCACAGGGUGGCAGGGGUGCAGUCCCGGGAGAAGCCCCCGGAGGAGAGUGCCGUCCCUGCCCGCAAGCGGACCCCCAGUGACAGCCACUAUGAGAAGAGCUCACCGGAGCCCAGCUCGCCGCGCAGCCCCACCGUCCUCUCGCCUGAGGUGGUCAGCACCAUCGCGGCCAACCCUGGAGGGAGGCCCAAAGAGCCUCACCUCCACAGCUACAAGGAAGCCUUUGAAGAGAUAGAGGGUGCCUCCCCUACCAGCCCACCCUCCAGCGGCGUGCGUUCUCCCCCCGGCCUGGCCAAGACCCCGCUCUCAGCACUGGGGCUGAAACCCCACAACCCGGCCGAGAUCCUGCUGCAUCCGGUGGGAGAGCCCAGGAGCUACGUCGAGUCGGUGGCCCGCACGGCCACAAUGGGCAAGGGAGGGAGCCCGCCCACCACCCAGCCUGGAGGCCCGGAGGUGCCUGCCAGGAAUGGCACCUUCACCAACUCCUUCACUGCCCCCAGCCCCGUCUCCACCAGCAGCCCCAUUCACAGCGUGGAUGGGGCCUCCCUCCGCAGCUACCCAUCGGAGGGCAGCCCCCAUGGCACGGUUACGCCUCCCCACACCUUGGCCGAGCCUGUUUACCGGUCGCCUGUUGGCUCGCAGAUGCCCUCUGCUCACAGCAGCUACCAAAAUUCGUCUCCAUCUUCCUUUACAAUGGUCCAAGGUGGGGUCCCGGGCUCGGUGUACGCCAGCCCUGACUACCCCGAUGGCCGAGCCACCCUCCAGCCGGACCCCCAAGCUCGGCCGCAGCCACAGGUCAAUGUGGUGGGGGUCCACGUCCUGCCGGGGAGCCCCCGCACCCUGCACCGGACAGUGGCUACCAACACGCCGCCCAGCCCUGGUUUUGGGCGAAGAGCCGUCAACCCCAGCAUAAGUGGCGCUCCCGGCAGCCCAGGGCUAGGCAGGCAUGCUGUGACGGCCCACGGCAACUUGGUGGCCACACCGGGGAGCCCCAGCCUGGCCAGGCAUCAAGCCACAGCGGCCGUCCCCCCCAGCAGCCCCCUGUACGGCUACCCCAGCCCAGAGGAGAGGCGCCCGACGCUGUCUCGGCAGAGCAGCUCCUCCGGCUACCAGCCUCCUUCCACGCCGUCCUUCCCCGUCUCACCGGCGUACUACCCCGGCACAAGCACGCCGCACUCCUCCUCUCCGGACUCGGCCGCCUACCGCCAGGGCAGCCCCACGCCUCAGCCUGCGCUGCCCGAGAAGCGUCGGAUGUCGGCCGGGGACCGCUCCAACAGCCUCCCCAACUAUGCCACCAUCAACGGCAAGGCAUCCUCGCCCCUCUCCAGCGGCAUGUCCAGUCCCAGCGGUGGAAGCGUCGUCACCUUCUCCCACACCCUGCCAGACUUCUCCAAGUUCUCCAUGCCAGAUAUCAGCCCUGAGACUCGUGCCAACGUCAAGUUUGUGCAGGACACUUCCAAGUACUGGUACAAACCGGAGAUCUCCAGAGAGCAGGCCAUUGCACUGCUGAAGGACAGGGAGCCGGGGGCUUUCAUCAUCCGAGACAGCCACUCCUUCCGGGGAGCCUACGGCCUUGCCAUGAAAGUAGCUUCUCCGCCUCCCACGGUCAUGCAGCAGAACAAGAAAGGAGACAUCACCAACGAGCUGGUGAGGCACUUCCUCAUUGAGACCAGCCCGCGGGGUGUGAAACUAAAAGGAUGCCCCAACGAGCCCAAUUUUGGCUGUCUCUCAGCUCUGGUGUACCAGCACUCCAUCAUGCCCUUGGCCCUGCCCUGCAAGCUGGUCAUUCCUGACCGAGAUCCCAUGGAGGAAAAGAAAGACACUGUGUCAGCCACCAACUCGGCCACAGACCUCCUCAAACAGGGUGCGGCAUGCAACGUCCUCUUCAUCAAUUCGGUGGAGAUGGAGUCACUGACGGGCCCCCAGGCCAUCGCAAAGGCUGUCGCCGAGACGCUGGUGGCUGACCCCACACCCACUGCUACCAUUGUCCACUUCAAAGUCUCUGCACAAGGCAUCACCUUAACCGACAACCAGAGGAAAUUGUUCUUCCGACGACACUACCCCCUCAACACUGUCACCUUCUGUGACCUGGACCCCCAGGAACGAAAGUGGACUAAAACUGAUGGCAGCGGCCCAGCCAAGCUCUUCGGCUUCGUGGCCAGGAAGCAAGGGAGCACCACAGACAACAUCUGCCACCUCUUUGCCGAGCUGGACCCGGACCAGCCAGCUGCAGCCAUCGUCAACUUUGUCUCCAGGGUCAUGCUUGGCUCUGGCCAGAAAAGAUGAGCUGGAGCUUGCGGGUGAUUCUUGAAUUUUGGAGAAGGACUUGGAGCUGAUCCGAGAAGGAGUGUGAGGAAGUGCAUUGUGGGAGAGGGAAGUGAAUCGGGGGGGGAAAGGGUUGGAAUUUUGGAGGAAAACAGCAAACAACAAAAAAAACCCAACAAAACCCUUAAAAACUCAACACAAGC